AUGACAGAGCAUUCACGCGCAGCUGAAAACGCGGCCGCGCGUGCCGACGAAAGAGAAGCCCUGAGUGCGAUAUUCGACGGUAUCAGCCUGACUGACGAAAUAGUAGAGGCAUCGCUCGACCUCGACGCCGGCGACGACGACGCGACGUUGUUCGAGCCCGGCGAUAAGGCGGUUCUGCGGUUUGCACUAUCACCCGCAUACCCCUUGGACGCACCGGCGACGGCGUCCGUGGCGUGGGCGACGGCCUACCGCGUGCCCAGCAGUAUCAAGGACCACGUCGAAGCUGCCGUGGCAGCGGCGCUCGCCUCCUCAAGUGGAGACGCUGCGAUUUUCUCGGCCGUCGCCGCGGCCAACGAUGCGUUAAAUGAAGAGGCCGAGCGCCACGCGGCGGCCUACGCGUCGUGGCGCUCCGCGGCGCCGCCCGUGACCUCGCGCGAGACAAUAGUAUGGGAGGGCACGGAGCUCACAAGAAGGCUCAUCUACAGCCACCACAUCAUCGCGCCGUCGAAGCGCGCGGGCCUGCGCGAGUGCGCGCAGAUUUUAGGAGUGACGACCCUCGUCAAAAUCGGCUGGCCCGGGGCGAUUUGUUUGGAAGGCCCCAAAGACCGCGUCGACGCCUUCGUGAACCACAUCACGAGGUGGCGGUGGAAGCAAUUGGCGGUGCGCGGCGAGCAGGACGCUGAAGAACGCGCAUUGCCGCGAAUCUUCCUCGAGACCUCGGACAUGUCGACCUUCGCCGGCCACCUGAGAGCUGCCGGUUUACAAGAGCUGUUUCUAAGACUGUUUAAGUAG